GGGCGAGGGGGCGACGCUGCGACUCCGAGGCGCCAUGGCGGCCGAGCUGAGCGACAUGGCGGAGCCGCCUCCGCUGCUGCGGCCGCCGCCUGCCUUCCCCUCAGGCGCGGCCGCUGAGGAGGCCGAAAGCGAAGCCGCCUCCUCGUCGGCGUCGUCCUUGGCGGUGGGGAUGGAGGCCGAGCCGCCUCUGAGCGGCGAAGGGGCGGAGAGCAUGUCGGAGCCCAGCCCGGAGAGCGCCAGCCAGGCCGGCGACGGCGACGACGAGGAAGAAGACGACGACGAGGACGAAGAGGAGGACGAGGAGGAGGAGGAGGAAGAGGACGACGAGGAGGCCGAGGCCGGCAGCAGCGCCGGCUCCUCCAGCGGCUGCUGCAGCGACGAGACGCGCUCGCUCAGCCCCGGCGGCAGCGAGGCCGACGCCAAGGAGGAAGCCAAGGGCGGCCCCGGCGCUCAGCGCGGCCCUGCUGGCGUCGGGGACGGGCCUGGGAGCGGCGCCGGGGACGGCGGCGGGGGAAGCAGCUCCAGCAGCAGCAGCAGCAGCGUCUCCAGCAGCAGCAACGGGGCCGCGGGCGACGGCGGCGACGAGGGCUACAGCACCGGGAGCGGCGGCGGAGGCGGUGGUGGAGGACGAGGCCCCGGCGGCGGCAGCAGCAGCACCUGCAGCGCGUCGUCGGGCGGCCGCAGGGGCAGCCUCGAAAUCUCCUCCGACGGGGAGCCUCUCAGCCGCAUGGACUCCGAGGACAGCAUAAGCAGUACCAUAAUGGAUGUAGACAGCACAAUUUCCAGUGGACGUUCAACUCCAGUUAUGAUGAAUGGACAAGGCAUUACUGCUUCAUCAGCAAAAAGUAUUUCUUAUAACUGCUGUUGGGACCAGUGCCAUGCUUGCUUCAACUCCAGCCCAGAUUUGGCAGAUCACAUUCGCUCCAUACACGUAGAUGGCCAGCGAGGAGGGGUAUUUGUUUGCUUAUGGAAAGGCUGCAAAGUCUAUAACACACCGUCAACAAGUCAAAGUUGGUUGCAGCGGCAUAUGCUGACGCACAGUGGUGAUAAACCUUUCAAGUGUGUCGUUGGAGGGUGUAAUGCCAGCUUUGCUUCCCAGAGCGGUCUGGCUCGUCAUGUGCCAACACACUUCAGCCAGCAGAAUUCUUCAAAAGUUACCAAUCAGCCAAAGGCAAAAGAAGAAUCUCCUUCUAAAGCUGGAAUGAACAAAAGGCGGAAGUUAAAGAACAAACGGAGGCGCUCUUUACCAAGACCACACGACUUCUUUGAUGCACAAACUCUGGACGCCAUACGACAUCGCGCCAUCUGCUUCAACCUCUCCGCUCAUAUAGAAAGUUUAGGAAAAGGCCACAGUGUUGUGUUCCACAGUACUGUAAUAGCAAAGAGAAAAGAGGAUUCUGGGAAGAUUAAGCUGCUGCUUCACUGGACACCAGAGGAUAUUCUUCCUGAUGUGUGGGUAAAUGAAAGUGAGAGACAUCAAUUAAAAACUCAAGUAGUUCAUUUAUCGAAACUACCAAAAGAUACUGCCUUGCUUCUGGACCCAAACAUAUACAGAACAAUGCCACAGAAGAGGUUGAAGAGGUAAAAAUCAGCUCAGCGGGGGGCAUGUACCGUCUUCUUCACUGACCAUGGAAUUAGAAUUGAAAUUGCACAUUAGUCAAGCCCUCCCACUUUAUCCUCUGCCCCAUGACACCCCAUGCCCAACGGCUGCCAACUCUAGAUGAUAUUUAUGCUUGGCAUAACCAUUCUGUGAAUGAAGUUGAUGCAUCUGUGGAAUAUAUAUAAUAUAAUGAUAUACUUUCAUAGAAUGGUACGAUGGGUGAUGGGGAAAGCACUGUUCUGGAAAUAUAAUGGGUGCUCUCAAAGGCUUUGCAUGCUCGCUGCUUUUGUUUUAAUUAUUUUCUUUAGCUUACAUUGGAUGCAGUGGCACUUGCUAUAAACUGCCACAUACAACCCUCCUUGCAGGUUUUAUUUUUUUGGUAAACGAUGUUCUUGGGAUCUUGUCGUUGGUAAACAAAAUUAACAAACUUGAGAAAACCGUUUUCUCAGAAUAUGGUGGAGAGUAUCAAUUGUCACUUUCGUGAACUUGUGGUGUCCUAUCACAUAACCCUAAAUGGUGGUAUCAUGUAUAAGCAAAAUGGUGGUGGCAUAUUUUCUAGUGGAAUAUAUAUUCAAGAGAGGCUGAUGGAUGUUUAGUGUUGCUGUAUAUCUGAUCCUCUCCAUAAGACUAUUACUGUAUGUUAAUAAGACUUUAAUAACCUCUACAGAAAAAAAGGUAUUGUUUUGUUUACUACUUGGCCUUUAAAACUCUUCUUUGUUUCUAAAGAAUCUCCCUUUCCCUCCUUUUGGCCUAAAUUUUUCUAGUUGUAAAGUUGUAUUUUUUAAAAAGAAGCAUAUAAAAAUACAAUCGUUUAUGCACCAAAGUUGGCUAUGAAAAGAAGAAUUAAAUUGCUUCCUCGCUUUACUAAGCAAGAAAUUAUGGAUUUUCUUAACCUACAGGAAUAGAAAUAUGUGUGUACCAUGUUCGUCUUGUACGGAAACAAACAAAAAAAGUUUCAUAAAGAUAAUGGGACAUUGCUUGUAAAUACAUUUGCAGAUUUGUAAUAUAUUUUUAUAUUAUGAGAUGUAUUGUAGAUGUUUUUUCUAGAGGCAUGGAAGUUGAAAUGUAUAUAUUAUGUUAGAAAUAAUAUUGAAGGAUAUUGUAAUUCAUUAGUGCUGCCAGGAAAAAAAAUGUUUAAAAGCAAGCACCUUUCUUAACAAUAAAAAACAGUCUCUUGGAUUUCUAAGAGGCUCUAUACUACUGUGGUAAGAACAAAACACAUUACACGUCCUUCCAGAAAUCUUUGAAGGAUGCAGCCAUAUCCAUGAGACGUGGUAAUGGAUAUGAAACCAGUCUUUUCCUUGCUUGUUGGAAGGAACAAAUGUAAAAUAAUAAUAAUAAUAUGGUGGCUAUAUGCAGUCAAACUGCGUGAUUAACCCUCCUCCCUGUUUAGGAGGAAUUUUUGCAUUACUACAGUGAAUAUAAAUACCAGCUGUUUUUACACUAUUUUUUUUAAUUAUUAAAUAGCAAAAAAUAAAACUCUUAAACGCUUUGGUUGGAGAAGUUUGCAUUUUCCAAAGGCAUAGAAGGGGGCUUACCUUAAUAAAUAUGAGUUGAUUGCUGGCUCCCAAUGGGUUUAGAGUGUUCUAAAUGCAUUUAAAUUCCUUACUGAUGUGCAGAUUGUGAGCACUGCUAACAUGGAACGGUUCUGGAAUAGAUGUUUAAUAAUGGUAUUUCAUAAAGAUCUGUAGCAAUGUAACUAUUUAAACAGAUGCUUUUUGUUUUUGUUUUAAUUUUGCUUGAGCACUUCAGUUACUGCUUAAUCUUUAUCUUAUAUGGUCAUCUGCAAUUGCUUUUGUUCUUUUUUUAAAAAAAAAUGUUAUAAAAUUGCCAAAUAGGUGUUUUCAGAUAUAGUUUGUAUUUGUAUUUUUUAAAUUUUAUUGCUUCAUGAGUUACUUGUAUGCUAUUCAUAAUUGACAGAUGAUUGUAGACCUUGCCUGAGUAUUUUUUCUAAUAAAACAAAGCAAAUGCAACCAC